ACUCCUACUGGACUUGUGAACCUGCACACAGCACCUCAGAAGAGCCCUCUGACCUCCAGAAGAAACACCAUGAUGUGCAAGCUUCUCCUCGCCUGCUUCAUCCUCCUCAGCCUCUCCUGGAAUCUGCUCUCCCACCCCAUCACAGACUCCAGCGAGAUGGCUUACUCAGUCCAAGGGUCGAUGGAGGAGGGCCACGGUGUGAACUCGGAGGCUCUGAGCUCGGCUGAUAAGAGCUACCUCUCCCAGAGCCUGCCCGCUCUCCUCGCCUACCCCAGCCUGCUUGCAGAGGAGAUCAGCCGUGACGGCCUGCGGACAGGAGGCUACAUGCCGAGCGGAGCUGUGAAAGAGGUCCUCUUGGAGAAGCAAAGCCGACUCCCCCAUGUGACCCGGAUCCUGGGAAACAGGAACCAGUUCAGGAAGAGAGGAAGCACGUCAGAAUGCUUCUGGAAAUACUGCGUCUGAGACACACACUGAAACACGCACACACACACUGAGAAACGCACGCACACUGAGACACACACACACUGAGACAGAGACACACACUGAGAAACGCACGCACACUGAGACACACACACUCUGAGACAGAGACACACACUGAGACACACACACACACUGAGACAGACACACACACUGAGACACACUGACACACACACACACAAAUCCUUGCAUGUGUAAUGAAAAGUACAGCCGCUGUUAUUUUUUUAUAACAGUUAAGGAGUGCUGUGCACAAACCGUGUAAAUAACAAACAAUGUACUGGCAACUCACCGGCCUUCUCGAAUGCUAAACUGUAUCUUCAAUAAAACUUCAUGUUUCGAAAAAA